AUGGGUGAGAAGAAGAUGCUUACGCUGAGGAGCUCCGACUGCGAGGAGUUCGAGGUGGAGGAGGCGGUGUUGAUGAAGUCAGAGAUCAUUCGCUUCAUGAUCGAGGACGACUGCUCCGACAACGUCAUCCCGCUCCCCAACGUCAAUUCCAAGACUCUCGCCCUAGUCAUCGAGUACUGCAACAAGCACGUCCACGACGCCGCCAAGCCCGCCGACGCCGCGGAGACCACCAACGCCUCAUCAGCUGGGGGCGGCGGCGAGGUCGACCUCAAAAAGUGGGACGCGGAGUUCGGCAAGGUUGCGCCGGCGACGCUCUUCGACAGAGUAGAGCUGCCAUUCUUCAUCAGAGUAGAGCUGCCAUUCUUUGAUCCAAUUAGGGCCACCAGAAUGCCAAAGAUGAAGGAAAGCGAGAAGCGAAAAACCCGGUUCGACAAAGGAAUAACCCUAAAUAAAUCCGCUGAUCCACCAAUGAACGAUUGA